AUGUCUAAGGCAUGGAAACUGAGGUUGCUUCUUCUGCUUCAACUGCUCCUCCUCUUGACUCAACAUGGUGUUAAUCCAGCCUCUGUAAUCAGCCAUCUUCCUGGUUUCGAAGGUCCUCUUCCUUUCCACCUUGAAACUGGCUAUAUUGGUGUUGGUGAGGAAGAGAAAGUUCAGCUUUUCUACUACUUCAUCAAAUCAGAGAACAAUCCUGAAGAAGACCCUCUUCUGAUUUGGCUAACUGGAGGACCUGCUUGCACUGCUCUCUCUGCUCUUGCUUUCGAGAUCGGUCCGUUGACUUUCAAAACUGAGGGCUACAAUGGAAGUUUACCUUCUCUUAUCUCCACUUCAUAUUCUUGGACAAAGGUAGCUAACAUAAUAUUCCUGGAUCAACCUGUUGGGACUGGCUUCUCUUACUCAACAACUCGUCUUACUUAUAAGCCUAGUGACACAGGAGAAGCAAAACAGACUUAUCAGUUUCUUCAAAAGUGGUUAGUGGAGUAUCCAGAGUUUGUCUCAAAUCCACUCUAUGUCGGUGGAGAUUCCUAUGCCGGUAUAGUCGUUCCAGCCAUUGUUCAACAGAUCUCUAAAGGAAAUGAACAUAGCUACAAACCGAUGAAUCUUAAGGGUUAUAUUCUUGGGAACCCAUCAACAGAUCUAGAUCAAGAUCACAACUCCAAAAUUCCAUAUGCUCAUGGAAUGGGACUGAUCUCUGAUGAACUCUUUGAGUUGCUUAAGAGAAGCUGCCAAGGAAAUUAUGUAAAAGUAGACCCUACUAAUACGCAGUGCUUGAAAUUAAUGGAAGACUACAAUAAGUGUGUGUCAAGGAUAAAUGAAGGAUUUAUUUUGAUUCCAUUGUGCGAUUUAGCAUCACCAAAUCCAUUUUCAAUGGAGAAUGUUGGAAGAAGAAAUCUUGGAAGCCUUGUCCGCUCGGAUCUUUCUCUUCCAACUCCUGAUUGCUAUAUGUAUCGGUAUGUGCUAGCAACGCAUUGGGCUAAUGAUGAAGAUGUACGCAAAGCGCUUCAUGUGGUGAAAGGAAGUAUAAGGGAAUGGGUGAGAUGUGAUUGGGAUAUGGCUUAUGAGAAAGAUAUAAAGAGUAGUGUACCUUACCAUCUAAACAAUAGCAUGAAAGGGUUCUAUAGGUCAUUGGUUUAUAGUGGUGAUCAUGACAUGAUGGUGCCUUUUCUUGGAACCCAAGCUUGGAUCAAAUCUCUAAACUAUUCAAUCAUCGAUGAAUGGAGGCCAUGGUUUGUUAACAAUCAAGUUAUUGGAUACACAAGGACUUACGCAAACAACAUGACAUUUGCCACUAUCAAAGGAGGAGGGCACACUGCAGAGUAUAAACCAGAGGAGAGCUUCAUGUUGUUUCGAAGGUGGAUACGUGGUCAACCUCUGUAGCAUAGUGAGCUUCAAGCCUUCAACGAACCUAACAUCAUAGCUUCUUAAAGAAUGUUAUUUUCUAAAUCUUAUUUUCUUUGGAAUUU